AUGAACAAGCGCUAUGAUUUUUUGCUGAAGCUGCGCUGGCGGGAGCCCUCCCAGUGCUGUGGCCCUUCGUUGUACACCUCUAUACCCAGAGAAAGACUUGAAUCGCACAGUGCCGUGGCCUGGGCAUUCAAAGUCUUUGAGCGUAUGGCCCGGCAGGAUGACGAGAAGAGGCGCCAAGAGCUGGAGGCGAAGCUAAGGAAGAAGGAGGAGGAGGAGGAGGCUGCUGCAGCUGCCGAGAGGGUAAAACUGUCCCCUGCAGCUCAGGAGGUAGAGGUAGAGACAACAGAGCACGUCCCAGCGCCGGAUGCCGGGGGAGCUGCAGGGACACAGGAGUCAGCUGUAGACCAGGCUGCAGCCCCCAGUCCUGUGUCGGCCGAGCCCCUGGGGGCCACCGCCCCAGCAGAGCCUUGGCCAGCAGAACUGCUCACGAGACAGGAGCAGUUCCAGACAAACCCCGACAGCUACAACGGAGCUGUGCGAGAGAAUUACGCCUGGUCCCAAGACUACAGUGACCUGGAGAUUAAAGUGCCUGUGCCCAAGCACAUCGUAAAAGGCAAACAGGUAUCUGUAGAUAUCAGCAGCGGUGCAAUUCGCGUAGCGGUGCUGGAGGGGAGCAACCAGCGUGUCCUCAUGGAAGGGAAACUCAUCCACAAGAUCAACACGGAGAGUUCCCUCUGGAGUCUGGAGCCAGGGAAGUGUGUUUUGAUCAGCCUGAACAAGGGGGACGAGUACUGGUGGAAUGCCAUCCUGGAGGGUGAGGAGCAGAUCGACAUCGACAAGAUCAACAAGGAGCGCUCCAUGGCCACGGUGGACGAGGAGGAGCAUGCCGUGCUGGACCGCCUCACCUUUGACUACCACCAGAAGCUGCAGGGCAAGCCCCAGACCCAAGAGCUGGGAGGUUUUAAGGUGCAUGAGAUGCUGAAGAAGGGCUGGGACACCGAGGGCUCCCCUUUCCGCGGCCAGAAGUUCGACCCCUCCAUGUUCAACAUCUCCCCUGGGGCUGUGCAGUUUUGA